AUGUCGAAUAUGGAAAACAUGUUAAUGGACGACUCUUCGUCAGGGGAAUCUGACGAUGAAGUUGUUGUCCCCACCAAUCGCCCAGUCGCAUCUGCGAUUGCGGCUGCGGCUGCUCCACAAGCAGCACCUGUGGCUGCGCCAAGACCGGCAGCAGUGCCACCGCAACCAAGUGCACAAGACCAGCAGAAAGAGCGCCUGAAGAAUCUUUAUCGUGCUCAGCAGACUAUGAGACCACAACCAUCUUCAGCACCGAUGCAACCUCCUCCUUCUUUAUCGGAGUCUGCUUCACCUUCCAUGCCUGGUCCUGGUCCUGGUCCUGGUCCUGGUUCUCAUAUAAACCACCCAGGUCGAAGAAUGUCAAGUGGUUCUUACAAUUCUUCGCAUCAACGGUCCUAUGCGCCUUCGCCACAGCAACCAACACCAACAACGCAAGGUGGCCCACAACCGCCUCAGAUGAACAUGACUCGACGGCCCUCUCAAACACGAACACAACAACCACAAAUGCCGCAGCGAUCCCAACCACAAAUGCAACAACACCCGCAAAUGUCUUCACAUUCUUCUGCACAGUACAAUCCGCACAGUCGUAGUAGCCAUGGAAGCCAUCCUUCUCAGUCCUCAAGAUCGCAAAUGGUUCCACCUCAGUCAGCAAGAACUUCUUCCCAUCCAACAUCUCACGAUCCCUAUGCUCCUGCCCCUUAUGCCAACAUGCAAUCUCGAGAGCAACCGCGACAAACGAGCAUGCCGUCUCAUACUUCGCGACCGUCCUCCUCUUCAUCAUACCCAAGUGCACAGCCUGUGAACCCAUCGGCUCCAGUGCAGUCGUCGCAUUCCUCCUCUGGUCGACCUCCUCAACAACUGUCGGCACAGGAACAAGCUGCUCAAGCCACAAGACGAAAGAGGCAAUACACACUCUUCACGCAAGUUCUCUUGAAACGUCUCGAAAAGGAGAAUCCAAGUAUGCAUCGUGCCGCAAAGGCGACCAUCCAGGAAUGUGCGAUUCGGAACAAGAAGAAACAACCAGGGUAUGAAUCGCUCACUAACGCUCUAAUGCCCCGGCUCAAGGAACUAGUGGGAAAGCCGUUUUGGAAUACAACGCAAAAGGUCCUGCAUAAUCAUUUGGCAAAACACAAGAGUAGUGAGGCAAUCAAGCAGCAGCAGCAGCAAAAGGCCGCCCAACAACAGAAAUUGGAAAGUCAAAAUCAGCAGCAACGACAGCGUGAAGCCCAGGUGCAUGCACAACGGCAAGCACAGCUUCGUCAACAGCAGCAACAGCAAGCAGCCCAACCCAAUCUAUCAAGAUUGCAACAAGAGGUUACCAAUCGAAAAACUGAGAUUAAUCGAGCGGCUCCGACCAGUAGUGCUGCUGCGGCCAAGCUCACCAGUACCCAAAAGAAACAAGCACUUGCCAAGCAACGAGGUCGAGUUACCUCGCCGAGUCCUGCCUCCCGUAAACCAGGGACCCCUGCCGCUGCUACCACGUUACCGCCAACAAAGGUGGAAGAACCUCCCAAAGAAUACAACGAACUCAUGCAAAUGGUAGACCAAGCGGUUUCAUAUGAUUAUAAGACAGCUGGCACACUGCUCAAGGCCAGCAAGACUGACUUGCACGUGGACGACGAGCAGAAACGGCUUUUGUAUGGUGACGUCAAACCGAAACUUCCUCCUCCCCGAACACAAGGACCAAGGCCUGGUUGGGACAAGACCAACGUUUUGUCGGCGCGAGCCGCUUGGGCUCGGGUAAGACUCCCGGAACAGCCUGAGGCCGCACCUGGUGUUCCAAUGACACGGCCAUCGGCAGCUCGAGGACAAAAUGACACCUCCUGGGCCCAUGAGCAAAAGGCCGAACAGGACGAGGUAUUGGCACUGCUUUCCGAAGCAUCCCAGCACUAUCUCAAAGACAUUUUGAGGAAGGCCGUUCACUGUUCGCGUCAGCGACAAAACGUUGACGGGAUCCGCCUGUGGCAUCAGCAGCAUGUGUCCGCGGUUCAUGGCAAAGAAGCUCCAUUAUCCUUGCGCUUGGGUUGUGAUGUUUCGAGACAGGUUGCGCAAGUGGCAGGAAAUGCAGCCUUGACUUGCAAACGAAUGGAAGAAGCUUUGGAACGGAAGAGCGGAGUCCCUGCUAGUGCUCGCAUUCUCAAGGAGGCCACUUUGCAAGAGGCCACAAGUAUGGGCGACUUAGCCUUGAAACCACAACUGGGCAGAGGUCCUGCCAAUGCCGAGCUACAAGCGCGACGAUCCUUCGAGGAGUAUGGUGGAAAGCACGCAUCGGAGCCUCCCUUGGGCCGAGUUCCCAAAAAGGCCAAGGUAGAAAUCGUUGAUUUGGUGCACGGACAAACACUAUUGCAAACAUUGGGUCAUCGGGCAGUUACCUCCAAAGUGACUUCGUAUUAA